GUAUUCAUCAAAAUCUAUCGAUACCCUACCAAUACCAAUUAGCAUUUUAGUAUAAAAGCCUCCAAUUUAUUUUGAUAAUCAGUUACUACAGUGAAAAUGAAAGUGGUAGCAUUUUUAUUUUUGGCUUCUGCCACCCUACUCGUCAAUUCAUCUCCUAUCAAGGAAGAUGUCGAGGCACCCUACCAACGUUUCAUUGAGUUCACCGAUGAAGAAGGGCAGACCCACACCAUCGACCUAGAAGCCAAGCCUAAUAUGGAGCUCAUUGAAGAAAUCGAGAGGAUUCCUGCUAACAAUGCCUAUUACCUUUUCACCAGACGUAACCAAAUUCUAUCCCAAACACUGACUCUCAACAACGCGAACUCCAUCAAUAACUCCAACUUCAACGCUGCAGUGCCCACGAUCGUUAUCGUCCAUGGUUGGCUCAGUAGCCGAUUGACUGAGCCCAAUCCCACUGUCAGAUCAGCAUACUUGAACAAGAGCGAUGUCAACGUUAUUGUAGUAGACUGGAGCCGUCUGGCUAUGUCCGACUACACGACUGCUGCUCUUGGUGUCCCAGCUAUUGGCCGUGGAGUGGGAGAAUUCCUGAGGUUCCUCAACAGCGUCACUGGUGCACCUUUCGAGAACAUGCACUUGGUUGGCUUCAGUUUGGGAGCUCACGUGGUCGGCAACGCUGGAAGAGAACUUGGAGGAAGAGUUGCCCGUGUCACUGGUCUGGAUCCGGCUGGCCCCCUAUGGAACUACAACACCAACAGGCUCCGCGCUAGCGACGGAGUCUACGUCGAGGCUAUCCACACAGACGGCGGUCUAGGAGGUCUCGGUAUCGGAUCAGCUGUCGCUGACGCUGACUUCUUCCCCAACGGCGGUAACUCCCAGCCUGGUUGCCUGACCAGUCUCUGCAACCACAACAGAGCCUGGGAACUCUUCGCUGCCACCGUCACUUACAACCACCUCGUCGGUCAACUCUGCACAACCACUCUUCAGAUCACCUGGAAUACCUGCCGUGGACAACAAUUGCGCCUGGGCAACGAGGACUUAAGGAAAACUGGACGCGGUAUGUACCGACUUGACACUGGCCGAAGAUAUCCUUACUAAGAAGACUGAUGAUGGAUUCUAGUAACUAAAUUAAAUAAAAGCUUCACCAUUUAAAACG